AUGGAGGUGUGGCCAGGAACUGAGCACCACACAUCCACACACUGGGUGGGUGGUGCCUGCUGUCCUGGCCAAGAGUGCCGCCCACACCCUCAGUGCCUUGCUGGGCCACCACUGCCCCCCUGCUGGACCCCCCUGCAGCCAUCACCAAGCCUUCAGGAGACACUGCUGAGCCUGGUGUACGUCCAGCGGGCACACUGGCGCUGCUUCCAGUACCAGGGGUCCUUAUGCCAGCAGGAGGUGCGGGGCGAGGCUGACCCCAGCACCUUCACCCCGAGCCUCUCCUUCCAAGGCCUGGUGGGUGUCUGGCCCUUACGCCUCCAGACCAGAGACACCAUGCAGCUCCUGACACCACAGACACAGCAGCUCAGGGAGAGGAUUGGUGAGAAACUGCUGCAGCUGAGGAGGGAAGAGGCCGUGGUGCUGAGUGAGUCUCCGAGGCUGUGUCUGGUGUGUGACGAGCAGGUGGAGCAACACGCAGCCUUACGGAAGGGGAACAUCCAGAGCGGCCACAGCGCAUCCAGCGGGUGUGGGAGGUGCUGGGGCGUGCCGGGGUGCUGGGGUGAGGCCAGCGGCUGCAGGUGGGUGGUGGAGGCACUGUCUGUAUGAUGUGUGUGUUCAUGUUUAUGUCACUGCUCCGUCGUUCACUGUUCAGUUGUUUACUUCUCCUUGUUCGCCUUGCUUAGUAUGAGUCUCCCUUCACACCUGCACUGGCUAACACCUGUAUAGCCACCCAUAGUAAAGCAUAGAGGGUAUGCAGCUCUCUCUAUUCCUGGACCUGCUUUAUAAACUUGAUGCAGUGUCAGCCAGUAGGAUCAGUUGGGUUGAGU